GCCAAAAGGGCCCCCUAAAUGUCCAACGAGACUGAAACGACUUGGCAAAGAAGAGGAGUCGAGACAAGCACGCCAUUAAGCGGAGGCGAACUCUGCGCAUCUUCCCCCAUCUCUCCCCCCCCCCAUCCUCCGCCUCCGCAUCCUCCUCUUCCUCCGGCCAUGGCCCUGGUGACUCUGCAGCGCUCCCCCAGCCCCAGUGCAGCCCCGUCGGCCAGCAGCGUGGGAGAGAAUUUUGGAAGUGACGAUGACCGCAAAAAUAACCAAGGCCUCAAGGAGAGCUUCUUCAUGGUCAAGGGGGCCGCCCUCUUCCUCCAGCAGGGCGGCAGCACCGAGGACCCCGAGACCCCCGCCCGCCGCACACACGCGGGCGACUUGCCUCAACACCUGCAGGUCAUGUUUAAGAGCCUCCGCUCGGAAGAUCGCAUUAAGCUGGCGGUGCGACUGGAGAGCGGCCGGUCGGAGCGCGUGCGAUACAUGCUGGUGGUGUACACCGGCGGCCAUCGGGACACGGAGGAGAGCGUCGUGCUCGGCAUGGACUUCGCCGACAAAGACAGAAAAAGCUGCUCCAUCGGGAUGGUGCUGCCGCUGUGGAGCGACACCAACAUACGCUUGGACGGCGACGGAGGCUUCAGUGUGAAGACGGCGGGACGCUCGCAUGUCUUCAAGCCUGUGUCAGUGCAGGCCAUGUGGUGCGCCCUUCAGGCGGUGCACAAGGCGUGCGAGGUGUCUCGCCGCUUCAGCUACUUCCCCGGCGGCCCGUCCCUCAGGUGGACGGCGUUCUACGAGGGCCGCGUGUCGUCCGAGCAGAGCUGCGUCGACGAGUGGAACGCCAUGACAGACCUGGAGACCGCUCGGCCCGACUCCCCUGCCACGUUCGGGGACCAGCCGAGCGAAAGAGAGCGAACGGAGAGUCUGAUAAAGGCCAAGCUGCGCGGCAUCAUGACGUUCCGAGACUUGGAGAACAUCACUUCCAAGGAGAUCCGUAACGAGCUGGAGCAACACAUGAGCUGCGACCUGAAAGAAUUUAAGGAGUUCAUCGACAACGAGAUGCUGCUCAUCCUGGGCCAGAUGGACAAGGCCACGCUCAUCUUUGACCACGUCUACUUGGGCUCGGAAUGGAACGCCUCUAACCUGGACGAACUUCGUGAAUGCGGCGUGGGCUACAUUCUGAACAUGACCAGAGAGAUUGACAACUUCUUCCCGGGCAGCUUUUCCUACCACAACGUACGCGUUAACGACGACGACGCCACCGACCUGCUGGCCCACUGGAACGACACCUACAACUUUAUUGUCAAAGCCAGGAAGAACAGCUCCAAGUGCCUGGUGCACUGCAAGAUGGGCGUGAGCCGCUCGGCCUCGACGGUGAUGGCGUACGCCAUGAAGGAGUACGGAUGGUCCCUGGAGAAAGCUUUCACCUUUGUCAAGCACAAGCGCAGCGUUGCUCAGCCCAACGCCGGAUUCAUGAGGCAGCUGGCAGAAUACCAGGGCAUCCUUGAUGCCAGCAAACAGCGUCACAAUAAACUCUGGCGACCCGGCAUUGACGAGGAAGUCUCGGACGACGUGCCGGUCUCGGGCCAGGUCGCUGGGCAGCAGGGUGACGAGGAGGAGGCCUGGGGGCUCUGCGGGGCGUCCCCCUGCAGGGGUCUGGAGAUGGAGCCCCUGGACUCUCUCAACUACAACUACUACUUCCGACGUUUGUCCGAUUCUGCGCUGGACAGCGAGCCCUCCACGCCGGUACGAGGCCCUCCCCUGCUUGGCAUGGAGAGGGUCUUCAUCGAGAUCGAGGACGUGGAGCGAGACGCCCUCCUGGAGGACGAGGGCUUCCCCGUGGCCCAUCUGGCCUUGCCGGGCGGCGGUGGCGGCGGGGGGACGGGGGCACAGACGUGCGGACGUCUCGACCCCCUGGAGGACAUGAGACUAAGGUUAGAGUUCAGCACACUGGAGGAGGAAGACGAGGAGGAGGCCAAGAAGGAGGAGGCCGAGAUGGCCGCCUUGGAGGGCAAGAAGCACGUGGAGGAGAGCCGCCUGGGCCUGGCCAACUUGAACACCAACAACAGCAACCGGUUGGCCGCCAAGCGAAGCUGCCCGGCCGCCUUUGACGACAGCGCUAGCACGGGCAACCCUUUUAAAGUCAAGCCAUCCUACCAGUCCUGCAAAGACUGCUGCCUGCGUCUGCCGCAAGGUCGGCGCUGCGACCGCCCGGCGGGGUCGCGCUCCCACCGCCUCAACCCCUCUCGACACUGCACCCUUCCCACCAUCUGCAUCGAUCCCCCCGGGACCAUUUUCAUUUCGCAGUCGCUACCGAAUCUUGCCCCUCCAGUCCCGGUCCAGUACUGCUCUUCUGCCGGGGUCCCGCUUUCACGCCAGAAACUGGUGUCGCCCAUGAGCUGCGAAGACCCCACGCAUGCCCGCGCCUUGGCGGAAGCAGAAGCCAUGGACGAACCCGAGGCGGAAGGAAAGACCGCUCCUCAGGCCGGGUCGGAAAUCGCAGAAAUCGAGUGAUACGGGCACCAAAUGUCUAAAUCGGUGAUCUGCUUUGAUGUGGACCAACGGUACCGGCUUCCCGUGACAGGGUAGCCCGAGCUCGGGCAAGAAAAAUUUAGACUGGCCGCUUUGAGGGGUAGGACUCAGACAGAGCUGGUUGGCCGAAUGCAUCCGGUU